GGGACCGGUAAACGUAAACGUUGCCGGGUUGUCACGUUGUCAGGAGUGUCAGGUGGAUGUUUUUGGACGAGAUCCUUUAUUUUUCCAUCGCGUAGCUUAGAUUCGACGGGAUGGAGUGCAUUUACCGGUUACCGUUCUUAAUCCUGGAAGUGCCUAACUUAAAGCUAAAGAGACCGUCCUGGUUCGUGAAGCCUAGCGCUAUGAUAGUCUUCUCCUUCAUCCUGCUGUCGUACUUCUUGGUGACAGGAGGAAUCAUAUACGACGUAAUUGUUGAGCCACCUAGUGUAGGAUCUACGACGGACGAACACGGUCACACGAGACCCGUAGCGUUUAUGCCUUAUCGCGUGAACGGGCAGUACAUCAUGGAAGGUUUGGCCUCCAGUUUCUUGUUUACGAUGGGAGGCUUGGGCUUCAUCAUCCUGGAUCAAACGCAUGGCCCGUCGACGCCAAAGCUUAAUAGAGUUCUUCUGAUAUGCGUGGGAUUCCUCAGCAUACUCGUGUCGUUUACUGCUUGCUGGAUAUUCAUGAAGAUGAAACUUCCCGGGUAUCUGCAGUCCUAAGUUAACACGCGACUGAAUUCCAUGAAUAUUGUGGUGAAUUAUCGUUUUUAUAUAAUAUCGAAUGGGAUAUCGUUACAAUACACAGGAUGUUGUAACAGUGGAUUGGUGAUUUUUGUAAUAAAGUAUAAUAAGCAAAAAACUA